CUGGAGCACCCUGGGCUGGGCGGCGAGGCUGUCGCUGGACCUGCUCGGCGGGAGCGUGGGGACCUUCGUGCACGCGGUGCUGGCGGCGCAGGUGCAGGAGUGGGCGUGGGUCGAGUUCGCAGGAACCGUUCCCUUCCAUCAGCGACUGGUGUUAGGAGUCUUGGCGGGUACUCCAGCGGCAACGUUUGAGGUGGCGACGGCCACCCCCGAUGGCGACGUGCACUGCGAGCUGCACGGAGGGACGGACCCCAAUGUGGCGGCGGUGCGCUGGAGUGACUCACGCCGACAGCCCCCGCCAGGGGUGCCGAGAGACUCGUAUCGGUUCCGCCGCGAACCGACGCCGGCGAAACAUCAGGAGUUCCAGCGGCUGGGACGGCUCGGGAUGAGUUCGUAUUGCGGGAUCGCCGCAACGGAGGACCUGGAGUGGAGCCCGCUGGGG